AGUGUUACUGUUUUGCGGUCUCUCUCUCUCUCUUUCUUCAUCCUCUCUUCGAGCCUCUCUUGGCCAUUAUGUCUUCCAAUGCUCCUGCACAGAACGAGCCCUCAAGUCUUCUAAGUAAUGAGGAGAACCAAACCAUUUUUACUAUUCUUGGGGCAAGGAGAGUGACCAGAGCUACUGCUGUGGUUCAGAUGUAUCAUGCUCAUCCAAAUCCAAACAAGUGGCAGAAGAUUAGUACAGGUGUUGUUUGCUUUGUGAAAGAUAAUAUUCAAAAAUCUUAUUUCAUCCGGCUCAUUGAUCUAAAGAACCGUUCUGUGGCUUUUGAGCAAGAGCUGUAUGAUGAGUUUUGCUAUUCAAAAGAUCGUCCUUACUUUCACUCAUUCCCUGGACAUGAUUUCAUGGUUGGUCUCAACUUUGCCAGUGAAGAAGAAGCUGAGAAGUUCUGUGCUGCUGUUGAAAGCAAAAUCACUUAUGCACGAAGAGCAACCAUGAAGAGGAAGCCUCCUUCUGAGCCUAAGAAACCAGUCAACACUGUUGCCCCUGGUCCUGUGGCUAAUAAGGAUCCAUACAGUCUUGGGGUUGAUGGCUCUGAUAAAGGGAAACUAAACAAACCAAAAGGAGGAAAGAAAUUGACUAAAGCAGGCAUUGGAUUACCAACUGAAUUCAGGCAUUUGGCUCAUGUUGGUUGGGAUCCACAAACUGGUGCUUUCAAUUUUGUGAGUAAAUCAUAAAUGAUGUCAGUCCUGAUUUGACCUAAUGCAUCCUGAAUCAUGGAUUUUGCAUGGGCAGCUAACAUUGCAAUGAGCCCAGCUUUAAUAUUAUAGAGUAUAAAUAGUUUGAUCUGGUUAAAGUCAUGCCAUUUUCUAAUGGUGAAAUUAAUAAUUAUAAUAAAGAUCAAUGGAUGAACAAAGAAUUAAAUGGACAAACUCUAGCUAAACAAUUGACACUGUCUGAUGGUGUACCUGGAGAACUAAAGAAGACGCAUGGAUAUUUAACUUGUAUAAUAAAAGUAUAUAUAAAAAUUAUUAAAAUAUAAAAAUAAUUUUUAAAAAUAAUAU